UGAUCCAACGUAGGCACCACCACUACUCAAUCCUACCACAUUCACGAGAGAGAUAGAAUCAUGGCUUCCUCAGGCGUUUCCGUCGCACCGGAGUGUAUCUCGAAGUUCAAUGAAAUGAAGCUGGGAAAGGACGUCAAGUGGAUCAUCUUCAAGAUCUCCGACGAUGGCAAGGAGAUUGUUGUCGAAGAGGCCUCGACCGACAAGGACUACAACACAUUCCGCGACAAGCUGGUCAACGCCAAGAGCAAGAACAAGAGAGGCGAGGAGUGCGUCGGCGCGCGCUACGCAGUCUACGAUGUCGAGUACGAUGCUCCCAACGAUGGCGGCAAGCGCGCCAAGAUUACGUUCAUUGCGUGGGUUCCAGAUGAUGCGGGUCUAUACCCGCGCAUGUUGUACUCGUCUUCCAAGGAGGCGCUCAAGCGCUCGCUCACUGGACUUGCGGCCGACAUUCAAGCAAACGACGCAGACGACAUCGAGCACGACAGCAUUGUGGCGCGGGUGUCCAAGGGCCACUAGUUGGAUGGAUUUAUCACGAUACUCUUUACGACCACCGCGCGCAUGGCUUUCAGCAUAAAAAGGAGCGCGAGGAGAUGUUCAAGCAUGGAGCCGGGCCC